AUGGCGAAAAGUGCAAAGUUUAGCUUGAAACUUCUCAUCGAUGAGAAGAGAAACAAAGUUGUUUUAGCUGAGGCAGAUCAAGAUUUUGUUGACGUGCUCAUUAGUCUUUUGGCUCUCCCAAUGGGUAUCAUCGCUAGAUUGCUGGAGAAUCAUAAAGAUUUUCAGACAGUUGUCCUAGGUUGUUAUAAGAACCUUAAAAGAAGUGUUGCAGAUAUGGGCAUGGAACACUUUGAGACUCAAGCGUGCAAGAGUAUGUUACUGAAUCCGAAGAGUAGCGAGGAGAUUCAUUGCAGAAGGCUCAAGCUGAACAUGGGUGAUACUGAUGCCACAAAGUUCUUUAUGUGUCCCAAGUUCUUUAAGAAUGGUGAUUCAUGCAGCAACUUAUACAGCAAUUUUAACACCUCAAGAUGUAGCUGUGGAGGUUUGAUGAAUUAUCAGAUUCCGGUCUCAGAAGAUCAACUUGGAGAAGUGAUAGGAGAUAGUGCAGAUGGAGUUUUUGUCAGUUGCAGAUCCUCAUUCAUUGUGACUGAUGACCUUAAGGUGACACCGAACUCAAUUGGUGGUAUUAUGAAAGUUCUUAAUAAUCAAGGGUAUCAUGGUUUUAGUGAUCUGCAAGAAACCCUACUUGAUGUAGGUUUCGAAGAGGUGGUGACUCUGCUGGGAUGUUUAUUCACUACGGAAACUCCCUUAACAUGCGCAUUCCUCAAGAAACCUUGUGUGACAAGGAUGCUCAAAAUGUUAUCCCCGCCUGUGGCUAAAACAAAAACGGGUCGUGUGGAACCAAGCAGUGUGUAUUCUGUGAAAGUGUAUGUUAGGAAGGUUGACAGAGAGAUUCUUUUUGCUGAGUGCAAUGAGGACUUCAUUGAUUCUCUUCUCAGUUUCCUGAUCUUCCCUCUUGAGUUGGCCUGUUCAUUGUGUAAUGAUAAUACCAUUUUCGGAUGUGUUGGAAAUUUGUGCAGAAGCCCGUGUAGAAGAGCGUCAGCUUCCAACUUUUAUCAGUAUCCUUAUUAUUAUAAGUGCAGCCACAACGAACUGUUUAACCAUCACACUUGGCUAUCACCAGUGUAUGAAUGUUUUGUUCCUAGCAAUUCUUGGGAUUUUAAAGUACUCGCCAGGCAGAUUAAAAGGUCUCUGCUCUCAAAAGGUGGCAAGAUUGUGAAGGUGUUUCCAAAUAAUCCAAAAGUGAUGUCUGGAACUUCAUCAGGGUUUAUGAAGAAGAACACAAAGUUCAUCGUGUCUAAUGAUCUGGUUAUAACUCCGAUAAAUUCAUCUUCGACCAUUGGCUUGUUGAAGAAUUUGCAUGUAGACUUCGGAGAUCUCGAGGAGCACCAGAUUAGCAUUUCUAGAGAAGCGCUUAUCAGCAUUCUCAGAGCUUCCUUGAUCUCGUCAUCUGCACUGACCAAUGGUCUCUCAAAUUUGCUUCUCAAGAAACCAAAGCAAGAAACUUGA